AUGUAUGGACAAAGCACGAGCAAUAGUAACAAUGGAGUACAAAUAUGUGUCGAGCCUUUAAGUGAAUGGAAAAUUCAAGAAAUUACUUACGACGGCUUUGAAAAAUAUAUAAAACCUAGCGAUUUCAAAGACGUUCUCAGAAAAAAUGCUCGUCGAAUAAAAUGGCGUAAAAUUGUAGGAAAUGAUUCUAGUUUGGAUAGAGCUCCAAUAGAUGAAGAUUCUGACGAUUCUGAGGGUGAAGGAAAAGACGAUAACCAAAAGAAGAGUGAGACUGUUAAAACUCCAAGUGCUUUAAAUAUUCAUGAGCCUGUAGCUGGUCCGUGGGCUGCUGUUGGGAAACAUUUACACAACGCUUUACAAGAAGUCCAUAUUCUCUUAGACGCUCUCAAAAUCACUUCUCGAACUUAUUAUUUGUCACCAUCAGUGAACGCAUUAAUUCAAGACGACAUGCCAGAACACGAACAAAUUGCAUAUUCAAAGACUUAUCAAUUAUGCAUUAAUCGAUGCUACACGUCUCAUCGAAAAAAUGGUUAAAUAUCGACAACAAGUAGUUGUGACACCUGUAGAUACUGGAGAGGGGAAUUUUACAAAGG